ACAGUAAAUAACGUGUGAGUUCAGGAGUUCAUUUCAGGAACAACUAUUUUUUAUUUAUUUAUGAGAGGAAGUGUUUUGACUCGGGCGUGAAAGUCGUAUUCCGUGAGCCCCGACGCUUCCGCUUUCUUUCUUGGCUGCCACGGCACUCGAGGCAAAAUGACGACUAAAAGGAGGAAUGGUGGAAGGGCCAAACACGGCCGAGGUCAUGUCAACCCUGUGCGUUGCACCAACUGUGCUCGUUGCGUCCCAAAGGACAAGGCCAUCAAGAAGUUUGUUAUCCGUAACAUCGUCGAGGCCGCCGCUGUGAGGGACAUCAACGACGCCAGCGUCUACGAUACCUAUCAGCUCCCCAAGCUGUACGCAAAAUUGCACUACUGCGUGUCAUGCGCAAUUCACAGCAAAGUCGUUCGUAACAGAUCCAAGGCUGAUCGUCGCAUCAGGACACCACCUCUUCGCAACUUCCCAAGGGACAUGCGCCAGGGACCCCAGCAGAACAGGAAGUAAUUCACAUGUAAUUUUUAAUUGCGGAAUAAAAAAAAAAGUUUAAAAAAUGCUUUGAG